AUGAGCGCGCACGACCUAUGCGACUUAGGAAGUAAUGUCUACGGUACCGACCUGGCUGACGAUGGACACGGAGUCAAGAAUCACGGUACUUACCUGGCGGACGUCAGCCAAGUCCGAAGACUUGUCUAG